GACUGUCAGUAACAUCAGUAAGACGUUUGAUUAUCAAGAAACAUAAUCUUGUUACUUUACGAGAAGUGCAGUAGACAAAUUAAUUUUCCAAGAUGACUAUGGCAAUGUUGCAACGUCGCGCUAAUGUAAGGCUGCCACCCGAAGUAAAUAGAGUAUUGUAUAUCAGGAAUUUACCAUACAAAAUCACCGCUGAAGAAAUGUAUGAUAUAUUUGGUAAAUACGGAGCUAUCAGACAAAUUAGAGUAGGUAACACAGCAGAGACUAGAGGCACAGCAUUUGUUGUGUACGAAGAUAUAUUUGAUGCAAAGAAUGCAUGUGACCACUUGAGUGGUUUCAAUGUAUGCAAUCGUUAUUUGGUGGUUCUAUAUUAUCAGAGCAAUAAAGCAUUUAAACGAAUUGAUGUUGACAAAAAGAUGGAGGAUCUAGAUAAAUUAAAGACAAAGUAUAAUUUAAAUGAUGAAAAAAAGUGAUUGAAUAAUAUUUUUAAGAGAUAUGGAAUUAUAGGACUUAUAAAAUAUGUAUUAAAAUACAGGGUGUCUGGUAAAUUUUGACAAAGUGCACAUAUAUAGA